AUGUCGCUCGCAGAGGAGCUUAUGGCCGACUUUGAAGAAGAUGAUGCAGAUGAACUGGAACAGGCCAUGGAGGUUUGUGUUACACUGCUGGCCAAAGACGCUAUAAAAGCCGAGGACGACAUCGAAGAAGCAACUGAAGUCGUACCUGGAAAAAGCGACUAUAACUCUGUUUAUGAUGUUGCCAAAAUGACAUUAACUGACGAAUACAAAGAACUAAUGGCAACUCUUCAUGCUGAAUUAGAACGAACGGAUGAAGUCCAUGUCACUGCUCCUCUCGAGUCCGAUCCACAAUACAAGUUGAUCGUGAAGCUCUCACAUCUUGCUGCCGAUCUUGAUGGUGAGAUCAACGUGAUUCAUAAGUUUGUGCGUGACAAAUACGAGAAACGCUUCCCCGAGUUGGAGACGCUGGUGCCGAAUCCGCUGGAAUACUUGGCUGCUGUUAAGCUUCUUGGGAACGAAAUUAAUACAAAAGGACAAAACAAGGAGCUGCUAGGACAAAUUCUCGCUCCAGCAACUUGUAUUGUGGUCUCCGUCACCGCGUCAACCACGCAAGGCAAGUCGUUGGAACCUGACGAACUGAGCGUUGUGAGAGAAGCCUGUGAUUUGGCAGAGAAAUUGCAUACGGAUAGGAUUUCAAUGUAUCGUCUGGUCGAACUUCGGAUGGCCUUGAUCGCCCCUAAUCUCGUGCACUUGCUUGGGGCUGCAACUACUGCUUUGUUGGUAUCGCAAGCUGGAGGACUAGCACCUUUAUCACGCAUGCCAGCGUGCAAUAUUCAAGUUUUGGGAAGGCAGAGAAAAUCGCUGGCUGGGUUUUCAUCCACCUCCGCCCUACCUCAUGCAGGAUUCGUAUAUUUUCAUCCACUUGUUCAGUCAAUGCCUCCAGAUUUGAAGUCGAAAGCUGCCAAGAUCCUAGCCGCGAAGUGCACUUUGGCAGCUCGGGUCGAUUCACUUCAUGAGUCUCCAAAUGGUGCCAUUGGGGUUCACCUCCUUGAGCAGGUGCGCACUAAAUUGGAAAAAUUGAUGGAACCUCCUCCAGUCAAGGCUAACAAAGCAUUGCCCAAACCCUUGGAUAAGGCUAGUAAGAAACGAGGAGGACGUCGUGUUCGUAAAAUGAAGGAAAGAAUGGGCAUGACCGACCUACGUAAGAGCGCUAAUCGUAUGAAUUUUGGAGAAUUGGCAGAAGACGUUUUGCAGGAUCAUAUAGGCUUCGAUUUGGGACAGGUGAAGACUGGUAAUGUGGCGGGUGGUCGAAUUAGAGCUGGCGUCGUAGACAACAAAACUCGUGUGAAGAUGUCCCAGAAAAUGCAACGUCAAAUGGAGCGUCAGCGAGCACAAGGAGGAGUGACAAGCAUUCGAAGCAAGACCGCUGGUACGGCAUCAUCGGUGACCUUCACUCCCGUUCAAGGGCUUGAAAUUAUUAAUCCAACUGCUCUUGAGAAGACCGCAUCUUCAUCAUCAACCUACUUCUCCUCUUCUGCCUCUUUUGUAAAGGUGGAACCGGGAGCCAUGAAAUAA